UGACGUCAAAAAGCAUUGUGGGCUACGUGGCAUUCGCCAUAAGUGUGAUAUGUAAGAAUCAACGUCGUGUCAAAAUUUCGUCAUCUGUGAAAAUCUGCGGUUUCCACGUCGCCGGUAUUGUUUGAAAGCCAGGCCAUGGCUACCUACCAAGAAUUUAUUCAACAAAAUGAAGACCGCGAUGGAGUGCGAUUCAGCUGGAACGUGUGGCCAUCCAGUCGGCUAGAGGCGACCAGGAUGGUUGUACCCCUGGGUUGUUUGUUCACACCGCUGAAGGAGAGACCCGAUCUCCCUCCCAUUCAGUAUGACCCAGUGUUGUGUACACGACCAACAUGCAGGGCAAUCUUGAACCCUUAUUGCCAAAUUGACUACCGAGCUAAAGUAUGGUCCUGCAAUUUCUGUUAUCAGAGGAAUCCGUUUCCCCAGCAGUAUGCAGCCAUAUCGGAGGCCCACCAGCCCGCCGAGAUCAUUCCUCAGUUCUCUACUAUAGAGUACACAAUCAAUCGUGCAACAUGCCACCCUCCCAUCUACCUGAUAGUGCUGGACACCUGUAUGGAGGAGGAGGACCUACAGGCUCUCAAGGAGUCCCUGCAGAUGUCUCUCAGUUUACUUCCUCCCAACGCCCUCAUCGGACUCAUCACAUUUGGCAAGAUGGUCCAGGUUCAUGAGCUUGGCAGUGAGGGGGUUUCAAAGAGCUAUGUGUUCAGGGGAAACAAGGACCUCACUGCUAAACAGAUACAGGAAAUGCUUGGUAUUGGUCGUGCAGCUGCUCAGCCCCAGCAGAGGGGCUCCCAGGGCAUGAAUCAGCAGUACCAGCUGCCCAUGAACAGGUUUCUGCAGCCAGUGCACAAGUGUGACAUGAGUCUCACUGACCUGUUGGGAGAACUACAGCGUGACCCAUGGCCGGUCAGUCAGGGCAAACGACCUCUCCGGUCAACUGGUGCAGCCCUGUCCAUCGCUGUGGGGCUUCUAGAGUGCACAUUCCCCAACACUGGAGCACGUGUGAUGCUGUUUGUGGGUGGGGCAUGUACCCAGGGUCCAGGGAUGGUGGUAGGGGAUGAGCUGAAGCACCCCAUCAGGUCCCAUCAUGACAUAGAGAAGGACAACUGCAAGUAUAUGAAGAAAGCCAUGAAGCACUACGAAAGCCUCUCCAAUCGGGCUGCAACAAAUGGCCAUGUGAUAGAUUUGUAUUCCUGUGCUCUGGAUCAAACAGGACUGCAUGAGAUGAAGUUCUGUCCUAAAUAUACUGGUGGACACAUGGUGAUGGGAGACUCGUUCAACACGUCUCUGUUCAAACAGACCUUCCAGAGAGUGUUUGCCAAGGACAUGAAGGGGGAAUUCAAGAUGGCAUUUGGUGCAACUGUAGAAAUUAAAACGUCUCGUGAGUUGAAGGUGUCCGGUACUAUUGGUCCAUGUGUGUCUUUGGCGGUGAAAGGACCGUCAGUGUCCGACACAGAGAUAGGCCUUGUGGGGACGUGUCAGUGGAAGAUGUGUGGGGUUUACCCCAACAGUACCCUCAGUUUGUUCUUUGAAGUGGUCAAUCAGCACAAUGCUCCUAUACCACAAGGAGGUCGAGGCUAUAUACAGUUCAUCACACAGUAUCAACACUCAAGUGGCCAGAGACGGAUCCGGGUUACCACAACAGCUAGGAACUGGGCUGAUGCCAGCACCAACAUCCAGCACAUAGCUGCAGGGUUCGACCAGGAAGCUGCUGCAGUGCUGAUGGGGAGGAUAGCCGUGUACAGAGCUGAGACCGAUGACGGCCCCGAUGUUCUACGGUGGCUGGAUAGGAUGCUUAUUAGAUUAUGUCAAAAGUUUGGAGAUUACCACAAAGAAGACCCAAACUCAUUCCGGUUCUCGGAGAAUUUCUCACUUUACCCUCAGUUUAUGUUCCACCUUAGACGAUCACAGUUCCUUCAGGUCUUUAACAACAGUCCAGAUGAGACAUCAUAUUACAGACACAUGUUGAAUGUGGAAGACUUGACGCAGUCACUCAUCAUGAUCCAGCCUAUACUGUACGCCUACUCCUUCACAGGACCGCCAGAGCCGGUGCUCCUUGACACCAGCAGUAUACAGCCAGACAGAAUACUCCUGAUGGACACAUUCUUCCAGAUAGUUAUAUACCAUGGAGAGACAAUUGACCAGUGGAAGAAGCAGGGCUACCACGACCUACCAGAGUACGAAAACUUUAAACAGCUGAUGCAGGCACCAGUGGAUGACGCCCAGGAGAUUCUACAGACCAGGUUCCCCAUGCCAAGAUACAUUGUCACCGAGUCCCAGGGUUCACAGGCUCGGUUCUUGCUGUCCAAGGUGAACCCAUCACAGACACACAAUAAUGCAUACGGAUGGGGACAGCCAUCAACAGGGGUCAUCACAACUGGGGGCCCAGAGGAUGGCGGUGCGCCUGUACUGACCGACGACGUGAGUCUGCAAGUGUUCAUGGAUCACCUGAAGAAGCUGGCCGUUUCUUCGUCAUCUUGAUUAGUACCAACCCUCAUCUAGUACCGACCGAUUCCAUCUGGCUUGAUGUAGACACAAUGCUUGCUGCUGUAUAACACCACACGCUAACACAGAUCUGGGGACGCCAACGCCAGGAUCAUGAAAGAUUUGUUGUGUGUGUGUGUAUGGCUAUCUGUCCGACAUGUGGGGAAAACAGACUCUCCAUAUGUGUGGAUUAGCAACUAGAUGAUGCUUGACGUGCUGUAACGCCAAUGCAAAGACAAUACAUGUGAUUUCGCUACCAGUGAUGCAUGUUUUCUGCACAAUAUUAUAUGGAUGUUCCUUAGUCAAUAACUCUUCUGGAGAGUGUACAGUGCCAACAUGGUUCUCCCUGUACAGACAUCUUUGGAUUUGCCAAAGAAACAAUUAUCACAGCUUGCCUUCUAAGGCAUCUUAAACUUGUUAUAUUACCCUUGAACUUGAAAGGCUUAACAUAUUUCAAAAGGUAUGUUCCAAUUACAAAUUGCUUUGUCUGACGCAAGAUAAUGUUGAUAGUCACAUGGUGCAUAUUAGAUAUUCAUGACCAAAGGUUAUGGAUGUUAGGAAUGAUAAUGUACAUAAAUAAGUACAGUGUAAUUUUAUCAUGUUCAUAUCAAGAGUACAUGCAGGAAGAAUAAAGAUUAAUUCUGUGACAUGUAAUCAAUUGUGAAAAUAGAAAUGAGUACCGGAUAUCAAACUUGAAUUGCAUGUUUUAUUGUAUUUAUAUCUAUUGUUAAUUUUUUUUUCUUCUCUUGUGAAAAUAAAUAUAACAAUCUACAGUG